AUGUCUUCAAGGAGAUAUCGAGACCGGAGUCGGUCUCCUCCCCCCGCUUCUGACGGGCGGGAUCGAUCUCCAUCCCCAGAAGCCACCGGGCGUUCAGGCAGGCAUCGUGCGUACCGUCAGCGCGACGACUACGAUCGCGAUGACUACGAUGGCAACAGCUAUGAUGGCGGCAGCUACGGUCGCGACGACUAUGAUCGCGAGGACUACGACCGCGACAGCCACGACCGCGACAGCCACGACCGCGACAGCCACGACGAUGAAUACGAGCAGCACGGCUACGAUAACAACAAUCAACCUCGACAUGUCUCGCAUGACUCCAGCACAGUGAUCACCGGGCGGAACCCAACAGUGACUGUCAACUACUUUUUUGAAGGAGCUACUCCACCGGACAAUGCUCCAAGGGGCUACAUGCCACCUCGGGUUUCUCACAUUGGCAACGAUGGCAGACACUUCCGCAUGUUUCAGUGGGGCCCUGGCUCGUCGAUUCAGAGGGGUCAGCCGAAGAAGCAGAUCCCAGAGGCAAUGAGGGACAAGUGUGGCGCCUGCAGAGAGGACCACGACAUCCGUUUCUGCCCUUACCCCAACACCGAGGACGGUCGCACAAAGAUCUGUCCAAUCUGUGACACCUCGAAGCACGCAUGGUAUCAAUGUGUCCACUACGAGGAGGAUGAUACCCACCUGCAAUGGGAGAUCUGUUGGGUGAAUCGCCGAUGCCUUCCAACACUUGUCCACGAUCACAGCCUUCAUGGAAUUUUCUUAAAGAAGCUCAACCUCGAAGACGAGGAGACGCCAUUUGAGAUUCGCCUUCUUGUACUCAACACCGAGGCCGGACCGUUGAGCCCCGCCUUCGUGAAGAGGCUCCUGCCACCCAAUGGCAGCGAUUCCUGUGUCCAGCAGCAACUGUGGAUUGGCCGACAGCUCCCCUGGCAACUCGACAAGGAUAUCCUCGAGUCCUCCAUGUUUCGACCUGAGUGGGCUAUCGAAGACCCAGCCACAAAGGAUAUGCAGGUUGGGAACUUCAUUCCUGACACCAAGACGAGCUACGUUCCUAAGGCCGGCAAACAGGAGUACUUCAAGUCACUGGAUCGGAAGAAGCGCAAUGGCGAGGACAUGUAG